AUGGAUGCCUCUCAGUCUCCUCUUCCACAGUUGCCAUCUCUCUCCGAUCUUGAGUCUCGGAUGCAAGUAAUGCGGGUCUCUGCUCUUGAUGAUAACCAAACCGGUGAAACAUUUUCUCAACGUGCUGAAUGGUUUUACCAGAGAAGCCCUCUCCUUCUCUCACUCUGUCAAGAUCUCUACGAUGGUUACGCCACUCUCUUGGACCGUUUCAAUCAAAACCCUAAACAAGUCAUUCCUCAUGACAAUGAUACCGAUACUGACAUCACUUCUGAAGUAGAGAGCAUCUUGUCCUUUCAACAGAUGGAAGUCUCCACUUGUGAUAUGCAAAAGAACAUUGAAGACUUAGUCUCGCAGCUCGUUACUGCAAACUUGGAGAAAGAUACCGCGAAGCACAUAUUACAACGCAGAGAACAAACGUUGCAAGAAGCUUGCAAGACAAUUGGCUUGCUAAAGAAGCUUGUGAUGUUGCUUGAUAUGGAGAAGGAAGUAGCUGUAGAAGAAACCGCAAAUCUCGGACACAAACUUACUUCCCUCUUGGAAGAGAACCGAGAGCUCGCCAGUGAAGCGCUGUUCAUGAAAAACGAAGCAGUUAAGCUUGCUAGGUGCGUUCUUAAGAUGAGGGAUGAACAUUUUCACAAGAUGUGUCAUCUCCAGAACCAAAUCUACGAGCUGCAGUCAUCGAGAGAGCCUGUCUACGAAAAUGAAUCCUCGCAGAGCUGCUUUGGAUUGGAAAAUAGUAAGAAAAAGAGCAAGAAGAGAAAGAUGAGUGAAACAAGAAGUGAAACUGGAGAGAAAAUGAGAUCCAAGUGGUUCAAGAGACUCAAUACCAUCAAUCCCUUUACCAAAUGUAGCAUUACGCCAUUAUCUUCUCCCCUCUAUCAUGCUGCACUCUAA